CGUCGCGCCCGCCGUGUCGCCGGUGCCGCUCGGCCGGCAGCCCCCUUCCCCCCCGCGGAGCCGAGGCUGCCUGAGGAGACGGGAGCCGCCACCUCCUCCUCGCCUCCAGGAUGGACAGGAUGGCGGAGGACGGGCUGCGCCUGAACCUGCUGAAGCGCGGCCUGGAGCCGGCCGACGAGCGAGACGACGCCCUGGCCAAGCGGCUCAAGGUGGAGGGCCACGAGGCCAUGGAGCGGCUGAAAAUGCUGGCGCUGCUCAAGCGUAAGGACCUGGCGGGCCUCGAGGUGCCCCACGAGCCGCCCGCCAAGCCGGACGGCGCCAAGGCCUUCGAGGAGAAGCUCAACGGGAGCCUGAGGCCCCACGGCGGGGACGGGCGGGCGGGCGGGCGGCCCGGCAAGGAGAACAUCAACGACGAGCCCGUGGACAUGAGCGCCCGCCGCAGCGAGCCGGACCGGGGGCGGCUCACCCCGUCUCCCGACGUCAUCGUCCUGUCCGACAACGAGGCGUCCAGCCCGCGCUCCGGCUCCCGCGUGGAGGAGCGGCUCAAGGCGGCCAACCUGGAGAUGUUUAAGGGCAAGGGCACGGAGGAGCGGCAGCAGCUCAUCAAGCAGCUGCGGGACGAGCUCCGGCUGGAGGAGGCCCGCCUGGUGCUGCUGAAGAAACUGAGGCAGAGCCAGCUGCAGAAGGAAAACGUGGUCCAGAAGACUCCCGUGGUGCAGAACGCGGCGUCCAUCGUCCCCCCGUCUCCCGCCCACGGCGGUCAGCAGGGCCUGUCCAAGCUGCCGGCCCGGCCCGGGGCCCAGGGGGCCGAGCCCCAGAACCUGAGGACGCUGCCGGGUCACAGCGUCAUCCGCUCGGCCACCAACGCGACCCUCCCUCACAUGCUGAUGUCACAGCGGGUCAUCGCUCCCAACCCCACCCAGCUGCAGGGCCAGCGCGGCCCCCCGAAGCCGGGCCUCGUCCGCACCGCCACCCCCAACAUGAACCCCCCCAUCAACUACCAGCCGCAGUCGAGCUCGUCGGCCCCGUGCCAGCGCACGGCGGCGGCGGCGGCGGCGGCCUCCUCGGCCAUCUACAUGAACCUGGCGUCCCACAUGCAGCCGGGGCCCGGGGCCCGCGGGUCGUCGCCGCUGCCCAGCCCCGGCGCCCUGGCCGACGCCGCCAACUCGCAGGCCGCGGCCAAGCUGGCCCUGCGCAAGCAGCUGGAGAAGACGCUGCUGGAGAUCCCGCCCCCGAAGCCGCCCGCCCCGCUGCUCCACUUCCUGCCCAGCGCCGCCAACAGCGAGUUCAUCUACAUGGUGGGCCUGGAGGAGGUGGUCCAGAGCGUCAUCGACAGUCAAGGGAAAGGGUGCGCCUCGUUCCUGCGGGUGGAGCCGUUCGUGUGUGCCCAGUGCCGCACGGACUUCACCCCGCACUGGAAGCAGGAGAAGACGGGGAAGAUCCUGUGCGAGCAGUGCAUGACUUCCAACCAGAAGAAGGCCCUCAAGGCGGAGCACACCAACCGGCUCAAGAACGCCUUCGUCAAGGCCCUGCAGCAGGAGCAGGAGAUCGAGCAGCGGUUACAGCAGCAGGGGGCCCUGUCCCCCACCACCGCCCCGGCCGGCUCCAGCGUCGCUAAACAAGAGACCAUCAUGAGACACCACACGCUCCGCCAGAGCACUGUACUAAACUCUGGGGAGAGUACAGUACAACAGGCCAGAGGGAGUGCGCGGACAGGGGGUCGGCGGCGAGGGAAAGAGGCCCCCCAGCCCCAGAGCUCUCUGCAGCGCGGGGUCCCCACCUCCGCCCGCUCCAUGCUCUCCAACUUCGCACAGGCGCCUCAGCUGUCGGUGGCGGGCGGCCUCCUCGGCAUGCCAGGUGUCAACAUCGCUUACCUGAACACGGGCAUCGGAGGCCACAAAACCCCCAGCCUGGCGGACCGGCAGCGGGAAUACCUGCUGGACAUGAUCCCGCCCCGCUCUAUAUCGCAGUCCAUCAGCGGACAGAAAUAGCCCCAGCCCCAGACCCCCGGAC